UAUAUAGUAUAUAUAGAGUUAGUAGCUAGUUCAAGUGAGCUAUCACAAUUGUAUACUAGUCAUUAAACAAGAUACUAAACCAAAUAUAUCAAAGAUAUGGGGAAGAUAUCUUUUGGGUUUUUGAGUUUGAUGCUUGUAGUCGUGGUGAUUGGGGUUGUGGAGUGUAGGAGAUUUGAGAAGGAGACGUUGGGAGGCGGUGGACUUGGCUUUGGUUUUGGUGGCGGCAAAGGUUUUGGAGGAGGAAUUGGUGGCGGUGGAGGUGCCGGUGGAGGUUUUGGUGGUGGUGUAGGAGGAGGCCAUGGUGGCGGUUUAGGAGGUGGCAUUGGUGGAGGCCACGGUGGAGGUAUUGGUGGUGGGGCUGGAGGUGGUGCCGGUGGAGGAUUAGGUGGUGGUGGAGGACUUGGAGGAGGCCACGGUGGAGGUAUUGGUGGAGGUGCCGGUGGUGGUCUAGGAGGUGGUGCAGGAGGCGGCGUCGGUGGAGGACUUGGAGGAGGUCACGGUGGAGGUAUUGGCGGUGGUGCUGGAGGAGGUGCUGGUGGAGGACUAGGAGGAGGCCACGGUGGAGGUGUAGGUGGCGGUGCUGGUGGUGGUUUAGGAGGUGGUGCAGGAGGCGGUGCUGGUGGAGGACUAGGAGGAGGUGCUGGUGGUGGUCUAGGAGGUGGUGCGGGAGGAGGAGCCGGUGGAGGUAUUGGCGGUGGUGCUGGUGGAGGACUAGGAGGAGGCCACGGUGGAGGCAUUGGCGGUGGUGCUGGAGGAGGUGCUGGUGGUGGUCUAGGAGGUGGUGUUGGAGGAGGACAUGGUGGAGGUAUCGGAGGUGGCGCAGGUGGUGGUAGUGGUGGAGGAUUAGGCGGCGGUGCUGGAGGAGGAUUUGGUGGUGGUGCUGGGGGAGGAUUCGGAGGAGGCGCUGGUGGAGGAGCUGGCGGAGGAUUAGGUGGUGGUGCAGGCGGGGGUCACGGUGGAGGUUUCGGCGGGGGAUCAGGCGGAGGAUUUGGGGGUGGUGCAGGUGGGGGAGCUGGAGGAGGAUUUGGCGGUGGUGGUGGUGUAGGUGGUGGAUUUUAAAAAUUUGAAGUAAUUAAAUAUUCAUACAAAAUCUCUUCUUAGCUUUGAACUAAGCUAGGGCUACUUACUUAUGUGCCACGUGACAUGAAAAGCAAGUGCAUUAUAUUUUCUUUGUGAUUCAUUAUUUACAUGUAUGAAUAACCAUAUAAAUAAACCCUAUUCACAAAUCA